UAUGGGAGGAUCUAAAUCUAAAUCCACAAAGAAACAUGCAAAAGUGGCAUUCACAGAUUACGAACUAAAAGUCCUUGAAGUAUACUGAAAUGCCAUGAUUGUAUGUGAGUAAACUAUUCUAAUCAAAAUGAAACGGAUUUCUGAGAUAGAAAUCAAUGCUUCCAGAAUUCCCUGAGAAUCCAGACUACUCUGUUAAAUUGAAUAACAGGAUGAGAGAAAGAUGUAAAAAUUAAUAAACUGAUUAUACCAAUUUUGUCAUCACAUGUAAUAUUAUAAAUUUAUUUCUUAAGUGGAACUCUUGCUUAAAGAAUAACAAGAAUAUUAUCUAAGUGAUUACAAGUUUUAGAGUUCUAGAGAAAUUUGAGUUGUUUGCCUUGAUUAGUUUGGGUUGUCUUGAAAAUUCAAAGGAAUCAAUCAAUAGAUAUUUGCUAAUUUCUAUUCUAGGUUCACUGCGAGUUAUUCUCAAGGAAGCAUUUUUAUCAAAGAACGAUUAAAUAUGUUCCAUUACAAUAAAGAAAUAAAAAAUAGUUAAAGAAAUGAUUUAGCGGCAACAAGUGUUGCUAAUUCUAUUUUUGAAUAAAAAUCCUAUAUUCCAUUCAACUAAUUUAUAGCUUUAGUAAAAUAACAAUUGAUUUAUGCAAAUAAGAUGUGCAAAUAAUAUUUUACUACGAAAUUUAUUGAUCCUUAUUUGAAAUUCGAAAUUCCUUCAUUAACUUCCUCUAGUGUUAUAUUAAAUGAUUAAGCACUUGCUUUAUUGCAAAUGAGUUCUCCUGAUUUCAAUAGGACUAGCUAAUUAGAUUUGAAAUUUUCAUCCUCAGGCACAAAUGAUUUGGAAUACAUUACUGAAAUCAUUAUAGACUCAUUAUUAUUCCUAUUUAGAAACAGAGAACACGAAUCAUAAAAUGAUACAUUUUAAUAAUAAGUAUUUUGAG